CAGUACGACCAAACGUGGCCGAUAUGCGGAAAAUGCUCGAAGAGAGGGCUCAAAUACCCUGGUCUAUCUAAUUUGAUUAGAUUCGUCGAUGGGAGCACUCAUCCAGGCAAUGACAAGGGGGACAGGGCCCUGGCAACCACCCCAAGGUCGCAGACGGAGCUAUCGUCCGCAUCUUCAAACGCUGCUGCACGGCCCGUCAAUAACCGUGGCAUCUACCUUCCAGCCUCAGACGCACCCUCCAGCUACCGAAAAUUCAAGCUUAUCCCAGUCCCCGCGCGGGUGGCGUCCACCCCUGAAGACCGCGUCGGGUCACGGCUGGUCAACUCGCUGCAAGCCGAUAGAUAUCUUGCCGGAAUUUUCACUCUGCUACAGCACAUGCCUGCUCGUGUCUCCUAUAGCCCGUGUCUUAGGGAUACUAUUAGUCUGUUCUGUUCUACCUAUGUAUGCCUUCAGAGGGGCGACCCUAUAUCUAUGGACCUGACGAUUCUAAAAGAUUAUGGCAAGUCUCUGCGGACGCUACGGCGAACAUUAGAAGAGAAGCAAGCUGGAGAUCUGGAGACGUUCGCGGCUGUCGCACUCAUCAGUCGGUCAGAGUCUGUUUUCAAUCCUGCAUGGAACCCGUUUAAACGCAGUCAUGCCGAAGCCAUUGUCGCAUUCGUUGCCAAAUGGGGUCUGCCCAAGGCUGAUUGCGAUUUCCACUCGGAGAUAUUGUUUCAAGCCCUCGAGGACAUGAUGUUUCAUUCUUUCAGUCAUGGAGUGGCACCGAUAUGGGAUAAACAUCCCCAUAGGGAAGCGAUCGCGGAAGCCUCGUUGCGCUUCUUCGCUCCCGCCCUACAACCAUAUGGAGCACCAUUGAUCCAAGUAUUCAUGGAGUAUUUCACCAAAGCCCCCAAACUUCUAUCAAAGGUCCUGCGGAUCAACCGAGACUCAUCCUCGCCGGGAAUGCGAGAUCUGGCAAUCAAAAUCGUCAACGCCUUGGCCGGAGACACUGAGCGGGCGCGCAACGCUCUAGACCCGCUCCUCGAGAAGGCGUUUGAAUUGGGCGAGAUCAGUGAAGUGGACGCUACGGAACCCGAUUUCUUCCUUCCUACGCACUACAAGCUCAAACCCGGUCGCUUUGGAGAAUGCCUCAACCUUAUUUCGGUGCUGCUGGUGGGCAUGGCGCGGAUACGGUAUGACCUGAGCGUGCUGUACGGCCUGCCUUUCGCGGACGAAAUAUACGCUACCUACCGCAAGGAGUGCGUCGUAAUGUGGAAGUUCAUUCCGUUCCGAAUCCAGAUCUUCAAGACGUUUGGGUUCAGGGCCGUUUCGAUGAUGACACUUUCGUACGAGUGCACCCAAGGCUGGGAGAGGGAGUAUAUGAACGACUUGUUCCUGAAGGAAAACGAGCACCCAUCCAGAUUACCCACAGAUAGGCGUGAGCUAGAAGCCGCCAUGCUGUUGCGCGCCAAGGCAAUGACCGGCCGGCUACCUUUUGUCCCCGAGGGUGCGGCUUCGCAAAAAAUAGACGCUCAUGACAAGGUG